AUGGCGCCCACCGAGGCUGAGCCCCUCACUAAGACCAAUACUGACGCGACUUGCACGCCUGAAAUCUUCCCACCAGAUGAAGAGAAGCAGCUCCUGGACGAGUCGAACACAAAAAAGACAUUCGCAAACAAGACCUUUACAUCAGGCGACUAUACUACAGCAAUUCAAGGCUACGAAAAAGCCCUCGCUGUGUGCCCGACAUAUCUCGAAUACGACAUCGCCGUUCUCCGCUCAAAUAUCUCCGCAUGCCACAUCAAGCUGGAAGAGUGGAAGCAAGCUGUCGAAUCAGCAACAAAAGCUUUGGAUACUCUAGACAGGAUUGAUCCACCUCCAGUCAAAGAAGCAGAGGAGAAUGGAAGGGGAGAAACGGUGGGAGGUGUAAGUGAGAUUGACGACAGUACGGAGGUACUUCUCGACGCACUCAUCCGCACUGGACGCAGCAUAAACGACGUACACAAGCUGCGCACAAAAGCUUUGCUACGCCGCGCGAAGGCACGACAUGAAGUUGGUGGUUGGGCGUCGUUGCAAGGGUCGCUCGAAGAUUAUCAGGCGCUGUCGAAGCCGCCGCAUCAGUUGUCCAGCUUGGAUCAGAAGGCUGUGCAGGCUGCGAUGAGGACAUUACCCACGGAGCUGAAUACUGCAAAAGACACGGAGAUGGCAGACAUGAUGGGGAAGUUGAAGCAGCUGGGUAACGGCAUACUGAAGCCAUUUGGACUGAGUACAGAUAAUUUUCAGUUCCAGCAGGAUCCGAAGAGUGGAGGAUAUAGUAUGAACUUCAACCAGAAUCCCGGGAAAUAA